UCUUUUUUGGAUUACUAUUAUUUUGGAUUGUUAUUUUUCGUUUCUAUAUUUUAUUUACAAACAAUACAAUAAAUGCAUGCCGUACAUACGUGUAUUAUAAUCGAGUAUUAGAGUGUAGCUAAAAAGAACAGACUAAUAAUAAGGAGAAGAAAAGUUGAUAGGCAGACAAAAGUGAGCGAGUAUCGAAGUGCGUUGUGGGAGAAUGGACUUCGAAAGUCCUGACGUUGAGAAGGAAUUUCCUGGAUUGUAUGCGUCCGAAUCGGCAAAGAAAAGCAAUGAGAGUGAUUUCAGUGACGAGGGCGGACAUGACAAGCAUUCCAAGAAGGAGCUUCUGGGAGGAAAACGUAAAGACAAGAAGGAUAGAAAGGACAGAGGCUAUGCGACUUUAGAGGGUGAAAGUUCACCAGAUGAGGAUCAAGAAACCAAAAGUCCUUCAAAGUCAAAGAAAACCAAAGCUUUCAAAUUUCCAUCUAAAAAAGAAAAGCGCGAGAAAUCACGAGAGAAGGAGGCCAAAGACAAAGACGUUGAGAAAGAAAAGGAUAAAAAGAAAAGAGACAAGGAUGAGAAGGAUAUGGAUAAGGAGAAGCGAAAGGAUAAGGAUAAAGAGAAGUCUAAGCAGAAGUUGAAAGACCGUAAGAAAGGGAAACACGCUGGCGGCGAAGGUUCGGAUAUCGGCGAGGAGCAACCGGUUUUCGGCGUCAGUCUUCAUCUGGCGGUCGAGAGAAGUUGCUGUCAUGAUGGAGUGGAAUUACCCUUGGUGGUGCGAGAUUGCAUCGACUAUGUGGAAGAGCACGGGAUGAACGUGGAGGGCUUGUAUAAAGUUCCGGGCGUGAAGUCGAAGGUUCAGCACUUGAAGAAACUGUACAACCACCGGGAAACAGUGAAUAUAUCCGAAUUCGAACCUACGGUAGCUACGAGCUUAUUGAUACUCUUUCUUAGAGAGCUGCCAGAACCUGUGCUGGAGAGCAGCGAAACGAUAUCGCGCUUCGAACAGGCCGCGUCGACUAAAGAUGUCGCGCAACGGGAGGCGCAAUUGGCGCAGCUCACGCAGCAACUACCGGAAUGCAACAGGGUCCUUCUGGCGUGGGUUACAUUACAUUUGGAUCAUGUCACAACGCGAGAGAAAACGACGAAGAUGAACGCGCAGACAAUUUCGAUGACAUUAAGCCCAGUGCUGCAAAUGAGUCACAGGCUCUUGCUGGCUUUCUUAUUCCAUUGCAAGGCUUUGUUUCCAAAUGUACAACUAACAAAAUACGUCCCACCACUAUCGUCCGGUAGCACCAAUUUACCAGACACUGUGGAGGGCAUAGCCGCCGAGUUAUCCAAGCAGGAGUCGUUGCUCUCCCAGAUUCACAUGCAAAUGAACGCUGGUUUCGUAACUAAAUCACGCGAGGAGCAACUGUGGGAAGUGCAACGAAUGAUAACACAAUUAAAGAGGAAGUAUAAAACGGUUCAGAAGUUGGAAGGAGCCACGACGCAAAAGAGUCUGGACGAGGAAGUGAAAUCGACCGAGAAUGUUCCUGUCGAGUCUACCUCGCAGAAGCCAAAGAGCGCGGACGAGGAUUCCGCGCAGACGAAACACGAUGCUCAAGCAUCGUCCAAUUCGACAUCGGUUAGGAAGGACAGCAAGCAACAUGGUGUAGAGGAGGCGAAAGAGAAAGCUCCCUACGCGACGGGAACGAGUACAAACGCGAUGCAGAGUGAACAAGGCGCGAAUGUGCAGGAAAAAGACACGGUCGAUUCCGCGGAAACGACGGCGGUCACACCGCAGUCGAGAGAACCUGAGAACGCGACGCCAAAUGACAAAGCGAAUGAACCCGAAGAGGAGGACGUCAUAGAUAAGUUGAGGGAAAGCUUGAUCCACGAAGAGCUGUUGAAUAUGCAAGCGCUACUGAAGUCCCGCAUUAGCCAAGAGAGAAACGAAAUCAAACGACUGAUGGAAAUGCUCACGGAGCGUGGCACGGAGAAGAAGAAGCCCAAGGAAAGAAUACACUCUCCUAAUGAGGCGGAAAUGACGGCCAUGAUACAGCUAGUCAAGGAGAAUCAGUUACUCGAAAAGAAGAUGACGACGCUGAUACGCAGUAUUAUCGAGGAAAAGGACGCUUGUGUGGAGCUGCGUGUCCAAUUGGCGGUGCAUCAGCUGAUGGCUAAAACUUGACCACAGACCUGCUAGUGACGCAUCGGAUCAAAAACUAAUCUAUAUACACUAUAAAGAUACGAUCUGACGAUUACGUUUUUGCACAUAAUGAUCGAACAUAUAGUUUAUAACGUGUUACAACUACCGUAUGUAUCAUUUUAAAAGGUCACUCUACAAUUGCAUAAGCAUAUAGCGAAUUCGGUUGCUUGCACUAGUGCGCACUGAGUGCGUAAUAAGGCUCGUUCAUAGUAUAUUAAUAUAUUUAAAGAUUGUCUUAAAUAAAUUCUCUAAUAUUUUUAACCAGAUAUAUAUAACAUCCGUACGAAUCAUUUUAUCUGCUAAAAUGUUUUUAAAUAUGUAUUUAAGACACGAUCUUAAAUAUAAGAAUGUACUGUAAACAAGCCUUAACGCGCACUCAGUGCGCACUAAUGCAAGCUAUCGAAUUCGCUAAUAGUCGAUCACGACACUAAUCAGAAUAAGAUGAUCAGUGAAUAAAAUAUUCUUAUUGGUUGGCUUUUACGAUCAUGCUUAUGCAAUUGUAGAAUGGCUUAAAGUCGUUCUAUUCUCCUGUGAAAUAAUAAAACUAUACAUGCGUAACAUUUCAUAACCUA